CCGCCGCUCGACAUGGCCGCCGCGCUGGGGAGGCUGCUCCGCGCCGCGGUGCCCCUGGCUGCCGCCGCCGGGAGGAGAGGCACGGCAUGGCCCCCGGCCUGCGCCCGCCGCCCCUUCAGCCUCGGCUCCUCGCGGUUCGCCGUGGCGGUGACCCAGCACGCCCCGGCCUUCAAGGGAACGGCUGUCGUGAACGGAGAGUUCAAGGAGCUGAGCCUAGAUGAUUACAAGGGGAAAUACCUGGUUCUCUUUUUCUACCCCCUGGACUUCACCUUUGUCUGCCCCACGGAAAUUGUGGCCUUCAGCAACAAAGCAAAAGAAUUUCGUGAUGUCAACUGUGAAGUGGUGGCAGUUUCAGUGGACUCUCAUUUUACUCAUCUGGCAUGGAUAAACACACCACGAAGGAGCGGCGGUUUGGGCAAAAUGAAUAUUCCAGUUCUGUCAGACCUCACAAAGGAGAUCUCCCGUUCGUAUGGGGUGCUGCUGGAAGGACCUGGCAUAGCACUGAGAGGUCUGUUCAUCAUUGACCCAAACGGGAUCAUCAAGCACCUGAGUGUCAACGACCUGCCCGUGGGGCGCAGCGUGGACGAGACCCUGCGCCUGGUCAAGGCCUUCCAGUUCGUGGAGACACACGGCGAGGUGUGCCCUGCUGACUGGAUUCCAAACUCCCCCACGAUCAAACCAAGCCCAGAAGGUUCCAAAGAAUAUUUUGAAAAAGUGCAUUACUAAACACUCAAAUAUGUGGACACAAUUCUUUAGUUUUGUCUAUGAAGACAUUAGGAAAACAGCUGUGAUUGUAAAAAUUAAUAAUAAAAAUAAAAGCUGUCAUUUUCUCAUGUUUAAGAAGAAAUUAAAUGCUAAAAUAUUUA